AUGGAACCGAGUAUCCCCUCCAAAGGGCGCAAUCAUCGUCGACGCAGCUCAGCCCACCCUGGAAACUUUACAACAAUCCAAAGCGGGGUAAAUGCAUUAUCGUUGAAUACAACAAUACCUCAGGUUCUCUUCAUAUACCCAGGCACUUACAUCGAGCAAGUUUACAUUCCACUGCUACGCUCAAAUCUCACCGUUCAGGGCUGGACAACAGAUGCUCGAUCAUACGAGCAUAACACGGCGACCAUAACCUUCAACCUCUCGAAACUCAGCGUCGCUAGCAAUGACCUCACGGCUACCGUGAGACAGUGGAACACUAACACUAAAUUCUACAACUUGAACAUCGCCAACACAUUCGGGCAUGUGGACGUCAAUGGACAGAAUCUCGCAGUCUCUGCCCACACGGGCAAUCAAGGAUAUUACGGAGUCCAGUUUUGGGGGUACCAAGACACGAUUCUGGCAAACACCGGGAAUCAGCUAUACGCAAAGAGUCUCAUUGUUGGAGCUAUUGAUUUUAUCUUCGGUCAAACAGCAACUGCGUGGUUUGAGAAAGUUGAUAUCCGUACCAUAGCCACUGGCUACAUCACCGCAUCUGGACGAUCAGCUGCGACCAAUCCUUCCUGGUAUGUCAUCAGCCACUCGACCGUCGACGGGAUCAACGAUACUGUUCCAGCGGGAUCUAGCUCGCUGGGACGGCCGUGGAGCUCGUUCGCUAGGGUGGUAUUUCAGAAUACUUACUUGGGAAAUGUAAUCCAACCGGCGGGAUGGAGCGUCUGGUCUUCGGGCGUGGCUGGAAAUACGCUGAAUGUUACAUUUGGGGAGUAUGCUAAUUAUGGACCGGGGAGUAUUGCGGAGGAAGGGCCUAGAGCGAAUUUCAGUAGCCAGUUGGAUGUGCCGAUUAGUAGAGAGACUGUGUUGGGCGAUGGGUAUGAAAAUGAGUGGUGGGUGGACAUGAGGUAUUUGUGA